UUCGGCGAGGCAGCACAGUUUUGCAGAACACCACUACGGAAGCUGUGCUGUCCAAAAAGUUACCAGUCUGACAUGACUGCGAGGAGAUACACAUUCAGCAUUAUCUUUACGCUCUCAACAAAACCAUCACUAUUUAUGAAUAAGCCAAUGUCUUGUUAUCAAGUAGUCUUAUAGAGGAGCCUUAGACGAGCAGAGUUGAGUUGUCAUAAUGGGUGGAAAGAAGAAGAAAUCAGCAGCACAAGCGGCUACACCGGGAGCCCCGGCAGGAGCAGCAGGCAGGACCAGUGUCGCUGCAACCGGCAACGGCGUGGCGGAGGACCCGAAGAAGCAGCCAGCCAGCACCAAACCGGGCAAAGCAGCCAAAGAGAACAAGUCAAAAGCUCCAAAGACCUACAGUCUUGCCAACACUGCCCAGGUUGACACAAGUGGAGUGUCGGACAAAUCGAUACUUAAGGUUUUUAUCCAAGCUGACCUGGAGAAGAAGAUCAUCAAACUGAUCAAUGACUUCAGAGAGGAGAAUGGAGACAAAGGGCCCAUCUCAGGCAGACUUACAAGCAAGAAACUGCUGGACCUGUACACCGCUCUAGAGAAGUUCAACUUCAAGAGAGAGCACAUUGAGGAGGCAAUGAAGAGUAGCGUGCUGUAUGGAGGGGAUCUCCACUCUGCUCUCGACUGGCUCUGCCUCAACCUUAAAGAUGACGAGCUGCCAGAGGGUUUCAGCCAGCAGAUGCAGGAGGAGAGUCAGAAGAGCAGGCCCAGGUUCCAGCCCCCAGCUCAGCAGAAACCUGCACCUGCAAGCCCUAAGGUUCCCAUCAACACCCCCAAAGAGGCGCCCAAGGCCACAGAAAAGGAUGAGGCUGCCAGCAUGAAGGAUUGGAUCUUAAGGUAUGCAGAGCAGAGCAGUGAUGAAGAGGAGGAGGAGGAAGAGGCAGAAGGGAAAAAUGCUGCACGUAAUCCUGAGCUGGAUGAAAAGUUUGAUCCAAAUGACAGGUAUUUGAUCCUUACUGCUCAACUGUAUGACGCCAAAGAAAUGGCAGCUACUUCAAAGACAAAAGGAGACAAGCAGGGCCAGAGGAUGGCACAGGACAGGAUACGCAUCAUACAGCAAGAAAUGAAGCAGCACGAGUCCCACCCCGUCUUCAAUCCAGCCAUUAAAGUGGUAGAUGCACCUCAAAAGGAGAAGAAAGCAGUCUCUGCAAAAGAGGAAAAAGAGGACGUCGGCUUCAGCCUGUUUGAAAAAGCUGAAAAAGCUGAAAAGGCUCCUCCUGCAGAAAAAGUUGUGAAAAAGAAUGAGCCAAAAGACAUUCGCAACUUUGACUACACAGCUCGAAGCUGGACAGGAAAGUCUCCCAAACAGUUCCUCAUCGACUGGGUCAGAAAGAACCUGCCCAAGAGUCCAGCACCCGCUUUUCACAAAGUGGCUGCUGGUCGAUACUGGAGAUGCAAGGUGCGAGUUCAGAGGCCAGAUGAUGUUCUAGAAGUUUGUCCAACCAUCUUGACUGAGGACGGCAUGCAGGCUCAGCAUCUGGGAGCCACUCUGGCACUCUACACUCUGAUUAAAGGACAGUCCGUGCACCAGCUCCUCCCUCCGACUUACAGAGACGUAUGGCUCGAGUGGAGAGACAGCGAGCAGCAGCAGCAGGAAGAGACCCGCACUGCAGCCAACAAGCCAAGAGACCAGUUCAUCUCCCGGCUUCUGACUAAACUCAAACAACAGCAGAACCAGAACCAGGGGGAGGAGUCUGGAUCUGGAGGUCAGCAGGGGCAGGACGGGGCUGGGGACGAAGAGCCUGAGGAGUCCUGGGAGAAUCUGGCUGGACUUGAUAUUGGGGCGGGAGGAGAAGAAGUGGAGGAGAAGAGUGAGAAGAGAGGUGGAAGGAGAGAAGGAGCCCUUGAGGCAUCUAGAGAGCUCUUACAGAAGCUGAAGAAUUCGUCACUGGCCCAAAAACUGAAGGCAGAUCGAGAGCAACUUCCAGUCUUCCAACACCGCCAUCGGGUGCUGGAGGCUCUGCAGCGUCACCCUGUGGUCGUAGUUGCAGGUGAGACCGGCAGUGGGAAGAGCACUCAGAUUCCUCAGUUCCUCUUGGACGAGCUGUUAACAGGAGGCAAAGAGGCCAAACCCUGCAACAUUGUGGUGACGCAGCCACGCAGGAUCUCUGCCAUGAGCCUGGCUUGCAGAGUCAGCCAGGAGCUCGGCUGUGAGGAUGGACCAGGAUCAAAGUCAUCGCUUUGUGGAUACCAGAUCCGGAUGGAGAACCAGUCAGGGGAGUGGACUCGUCUGCUGUACUGCACCACCGGAGUUCUGCUGAGGAAACUACAGCAUGACAGACACCUCAGCUCCCUCACACACAUCAUUGUGGACGAGGUCCAUGAGCGCAGUGUGCAGUCAGACUUCCUGUUGACCAUCCUCAAAGAUGUUGUUAUGAGGAGAUCUGACCUGCAGCUGAUCCUUAUGAGCGCCACUGUUGACUGCCACAAGUUUUCCAACUACUUCAACCGCUGCCCAGUGAUCAAUAUCCCUGGCAGGACAUUCCCCGUAGAGGUGUUCCACUUAGAAGAUAUUGUGGAGGAGAUGGGCUACGUCCUGGAAAAGGACUCAGAGUACAGCCAGAGAAUCCUUGAAGAGGAAGAGGAAGUCAGUGUCUCUGUUACACAAAAAGGUGGCAAGACGUUACAGCACCAGGAGUUCAUCUUGAAGGACUCCUCCUCUGGCUGGGAUUUGGGUCCAGAUCUUGACCACUUCAGCAGUAGGACUCGGCAUGUGCUGCAGUACAUGAACCCCAAUAAGAUCAACAUGGACUUACUGGUUGACCUCAUUGACUAUCUAGAGAAAUCCCCACAGUUCGCAGAGGUGGAAGGCGCAGUUUUAGUGUUCCUCCCUGGUUUGGCUCACAUCCAGCAGCUCUAUGACCUGCUCACCUCUGAUAAGAGGUUCAAAGAUAAAAACAGAUACAGGAUUGUUGCUCUUCACUCAACUCUUUCAUCAAAGGACCAGGCUGCUGCCUUUACAGUGCCACCUGCUGGUGUCAGAAAGAUUGUCCUGUCGACUAACAUUGCUGAAACAGGGGUGACCAUUCCUGAUGUUGUGUUUGUCAUCGACACUGGAAAGACCAAAGAAAACAAGUACCACGAGAGCAGCCAGAUGAGUUCUCUGGUGGAAACUUUUGUUUCCAAAGCCAGCGCCCUCCAGAGGCAGGGCAGAGCGGGUCGAGUCCAAAACGGCUUCUGCUUCAGACUCUACCCAAAAUUCAGGUUUAAUGCCUUCAUGGAUUACUCUAUUCCUGAGAUACUGAGAGUUCCACUGGAGGAGCUCUGCCUUCAUAUUAUGAAAUGUCAGUACGGCUCCCCGGAGGACUUCCUGAGUCAGGCAUUGGAUCCUCCUCAGCCUCAGUCCGUUAGUAAUGCUGUCAAUCUACUGAGGAAGAUAGGUGCGUGUCAUUCCACCAAACAUGUCCUCACACCUCUGGGACAGCACCUGGCCAGCCUGCCUGUAAAUGUGAAGAUUGGAAAGAUGCUCAUUUAUGGAGCCAUCCUAGGCUGCCUGGAGCCCAUAGCAACAAUUGCAGCAGCCAUCACAGAGAAGUCUCCAUUCUCCACCCCAAUGAACAGGAAAGAUGAGGCCAACCUGGCUAAAGCAGCACUGGCAGUAGCCAACUCUGAUCACCUGACAAUAUACAAUGCAUAUUUGGGGUGGAAGAACUCUCAGACUGAUAGAACAGAAAUGUCAUACUGUAGGAAACACUUCCUCAACCGUACAGCUCUCAUCACAAUACAGGAUGUGAAGCACGAGCUGAUGAAGAUGAUGGAGCAGGCAGGUUUCUGGUCCUCUCGCUCCUCCUCCCAUCACUCUAAGCUGCAGGCUGCCCCUCUCUCCAGGCAGCAAAUCUCUGUCCUGAACGCAGUGCUGACGGCGGGACUCUAUGACAGCGUAGCUCGGGUCUUGUGCACCCCCUCUGUGGACGUUCUAGAGCGGAUUGCCUGCACGGUGGAGACACCACAAGGGAAGGCCCAGGUCCAUCCCUCAUCUGUAAACCGCAACCUGCAGACACAUGGCUGGCUGCUGUACCAGGAGAAGGUGAAGUACACUAAGAUCUACCUGCGAGACACCACUCUGAUUCCUCCUUUUCCCAUGCUGCUGUUUGGAGGGGACAUCGAUAUCCAGCACAGAGAGAGGCUCAUCACAUUAGACGGAUGGAUUCACUUCCAGGCUCCUGUACGGAUCGGCGUCAUCUUCAAACACCUGAGGAAGCUGAUGGACUCUCUGCUUGAGAAGAAGCUGGAGAAUCCCAGGAUGAAUCUGGAAGGUGAGAGGACCAUCCAGCUGAUUCUGGAUCUGAUCAAAUCAGACUGACUGUUUGAUACUGUUCCUCCAAAUGGUCUUCACUGCUGCUGAAGAGCCCUGCUCACCAGAGCCUUUUCUCACACAAUCCUUAAAGCCAUGUGUCCAGGCGUCUUGGAGACAAAGUGCUUCCUGUUUCUCGCCCUGGUAUGCAGGAUGAACAAAUCCAGCAGACUAAGAUGAACUGAUUGUUAUCAGGAACUCUUACUCACAUUGAGGAUGACUGUAUUAUAUGAAAUGCAAAAAAAUGUAAUGCUGAAAUUUGAGUGGAAGAAAACAAGAGAAAAUUAUGAUGAAAAGAGCGGUUAAAUAAAGCUGUACACAUUUUUAUUUCAA